AUGACAAAUAAACAAGAAUUUCAGCAAGAAUUAAAAGAGAAAAUUAAGGAGGGAGUAAAACCUUCCGACCUAAAAAAGCAAAAAACAAACUCCACUCAAUUUACCCAUGGCAUUCCUACUCCUCCCCCUAGUCCUGUUUUAAAACCUACUAAAACCAACAAUCUAAAAGAAUUACAGCAGCAAGUCCAAUUCCAUGCUCGGGAGGCCCAGAGUUAUUUAUCUAGUCUAAAAAAAUUAACGGCUGAAAAUGAUAAUUUGAAAGAGGAGAUAAAAAAAAUAAAACCUACUAAAACUCAAACAGAAUUAGAAAAAGCCCUCCAAGAGGCUAAUGAGAAAAUAAGAAAAUUAGAACAAAAGAACGACCCCGAACAUAUUUUAGAAAAACACAAUCCUUAUAAAGAAAAAGUAAAGGAAUUAGAGACAAAAAUCCAAAAUCAAUACAAAACUAUUGAAAACCUCCAAAACCAAGCAAAAAAUAAAGAAAAAGACCAAGAACCAAAAUUUACUUGCUAUAAUUGUCAAAAAGAACAAGCAAUCUCCUUACUGGUCCUCAAAAUCCUCGACAAAGGCCCCUUAUAUUUAGAACAAAUCAUUUAUGAAUAUAUUCCUGCCACCAACACUACCGAGGAAUUAAAAAAAACCCUAGCCAGUGGAGGUUAUGGACUAUUAGCCAGCCCCAUUGCCAAACAUUAUUUUGACCGAUAUCAAUAUCGAACCUUUGAACCUCACGAGGAUAUUUUUGUUUCUACUUUUAAGACUAAUGUGAUUAAUGUCAUUAUUGAAGUUAGAAAAAAGGAAUAUUUCAAAAAUUACGACAACACCAAAAUAGAUACGGGCAAUAUUAAAAAUAUAGGCAGUAAUAAUCAACAAACUAACGAACAAAAACAAAUCAAUUCUCAAUCAGUACCCAUAUUUUCUAAUGUCGAUCUAACAUCAGGACAAUUUGGGGGAUUUCAAAGACAACAACAAUUAGCCAAUAAACAAACCGAACAAGGGCAAAAUAUUCAAUCGGGAAAUUUUAACAAAAAUACCUCACGACAAAAUUUAACUAGUAAAGAAUAUUAUCGGCAAAAUAAAGAUGCCAAUGUUUCAAUUACUAAACAGGAUGCUUAUGAAUUAAAUAACGAAACUUUACCUUAUUUAGAAAGAUUGAAAAUAGUCUUAAAUAAAACCGAAAAAGAAUAUAAGAAAUUGCCUGAUACUUCUAACCGAAAACCCCGAAUUGCUUUGAGAUUACAAAUUGCCGAAGGAGCCACGAAGGCUUAUAGUAAGGAGGAUUUAAAUUUACCCUCGGCCCAGGAAUUUCAAGCCCGAGUAAACGGAGAAGUAGAAGGAUAUCAAAAAGUUAUCGAUUUUUAUAAAGAAUACGGAGGAGAUAAACCCGAACAAUUAAUGAUUUGUUUAUUAGGUCCUCCUGGCCUGGGUAAAUCUUAUAUCAGCCAAAGUUUAGCCAAAGCCCUAAAUCGAGGGUUCCACAUUAUCUCCAUGAAUGGCAAACAAUCAGCCUCUAUCGUUUACGGCACCGACAUUAGCAAUCCAGGAGCCGAAGCAGGAGAAAUAGUAAAAGCCAUCAGUAAAAGGGAGGAUAGGGCCUGUGUCAUAUUUUUUGACGAAUUGGAAAAGGCUGGCAAAGAUGCUAAAAGAGCCGUUGGUAAUCCGACCGAUAGAACAGUGAAUAAAGAUUUCAAAGAUGACUUUUUUGAUUUUCCUACUCCUCUAAAUGAAAUUAUUUAUUUGGUAGCCAUUAAUUACCCCGAGGAUUUACCCGAUUUUGUGAGAGACAGAUUUCGAGUAAUCGAGGUUCCUCCUUUGCCUUACGAGCAGAGAUUAGAAGUAGUGAGAUUAGUUUUACGGGGCAAAUUAAAGCCGUUAAAUAAUGCCUUUCAAACUAUUUACGGAAAAAGGGAUGCUGACCGAAAACGACCACCUUGUCCUUAUGCUAGUGAUAGAAAUAAAGAACACCGAGAAAAUUGUGAGUAUUAUCGAUUACUGCCUUUGCCUGGCUCUUAUCAAAAAACUCGGGAGAAAUUAACAAAAUAUUGCCAAGAAUUAAAUGGCAAAUUGGAACAAAUAAUUAACUCUUUUACUAAUUAUUUUCAGCAAAAUAUUUAUCCUUUAUUGAAUAAUUUAGGAGGAGAUAAAACCCUAGCCUUUCGUUGUGAUAGACUUUUAAAGAACAAAAUAAUCGGAGAAAGCAGCAGUCUUUUUAAUGAUUUAUUAAUUUGUGAAUUAGAAUAUCGGCAAAUGCUAAAAUUUAAGGAUUUAUUGGGAGAAUUAGCCGACAAUUUAAACAAUCAGACCACUUUGGAUAAUCAGCAGCAAGAGAAUAUUUUAGCCGACAUUAAAAAAUUGAGGGAGGGAAAAAUUAAUCAGGCUAUUUGUCAAAGAUUUAUUUUCAAAUGGAAUAUUUUUAAAGAACAAAUCGAAAACUUUUUCUUAUUAGGCUCUGAAAAUAUUACUGGUGGUAAACCUUUUUUUCAGUUAGGAGCCAUUAAGGAGGAUAGUGAGAGAGGAUUGAUAGUGGCUACUCAAAAUAGAAAAGGAUUUAGUUUGAAUAAUCCUUAUUUAGGAGUGGAAUUUGGGGUAAGUAGAUAUACAAAGUGGAUAUUAAAACUAUAUAUUAUGCCAGGACUACAACAAAUUACUAACCAAGAAUUAAUUAAAGAAUUAGAAAUCCGAAUAAAAAACCAGCAAAUAAAAGGUGAGGAGAUGUUUUGGCUAUUAGAAAUAAAAAAAAAGCAAAGAUUAGCCGAAUACGAAGCAGCAGCCAACGAUCCCGAGGAAAAUGAGGAACUAGACCCAGCCGAAGGAGCCGAAAUCAAAAAAACUCGUCCGGUCGUGGUAGUCUCUAACAACGAACAAAAUGCUAAAAUCAAUCGGAUUUAUCCAACUUUUCAAGUUCCCGUUUAUCUAAAAGGAGAAUUGAGGAAAAUUAAAUGUGAACAAAUUAGAGCCGUGGGAAAACACCGAAUAAUUGGAAAAAAGAUUGCCAACUUAACUGAUACAGAAAUGGAAAAAGUAAAUCAGAUAAUUAAGGAAGUUUUGACAAAAAAUUCUGAAAAGCACUUAAUCAUUAUUGACUUAGACGGCACUGUUCUAAACAGCGAUUUUGCCACCCUCAACCAGAAAAAUAAAAAAAUUCUCCAAAAACUACAAGAGGCGGGGAAUAAAAUAGUUAUUGCCACUGGUCGGAAUUAUUUGUCGGCUUUGCCUUUUUAUAGAGAAAUUGGUUUAGAUACUUUUUUGAUUACCUACAAUGGAGCCUAUAUUGACCAUCCCUUAAAAAAACAUAGCCCUAUCAUGGCUAUUCUCCCUCUAGCUAACGAGACAGUUAAGAAAAUAUUAAAUGAAAAGAUUAUUAAAGAAAAUUUACUUAAUGUUUUAAUCGAUUCGGCUGACAAGGAAACCAUUUCGACAGGUGAGGAUAUUUACUACCAAGAAAUUUUUUUUAACGGCAAUACUUAUCAUGCGACUAAUGAUGCUUUACAACAUUUAGGAGACCGAGAUUGCUUACAAUUAGUCCUUGAAUUUAAAAAUGAUAAAGAGAAAAUUGACUCCAUUCGUUCGUUUUUAGGAGAAAAUUAUAAAGCGAGCGUGGACUAUUAUUCAGGAAAAAAAUUAAAAUCAGAAAAAGAAGGAGAUAAAAUUUUGGUGCCGGACCCUGAAAAAGUGAUUUUUAAAAUCCGCAGUUCAAAGGCUGAUAAAGCCGAGGCUGUGGCAAAACUAGCCGCUUAUUAUAAUAUUGACGAAUCACGGAUUAUUGCUUUUGGCAAUGAUGUUAAUGAUAUAAAAAUGAUUGAAAAUGUGGGGUGGGGUGUGGCUAUGUCAAACGGAAAUGACGAUUUAAAGCCUUACGCUCGCAGCAUCACUAGACUUGAUAACCACCGCGGGGGAGUAGCCGAAUAUUUAAUAAAGUAUUUUCAAAUGAGUUCUCAAAAUUAG